CACCAUGACCCUGUACCUGAGACACUAUUGGAAGGACGAGCGUCUGUCCUUCACCAGCUCCACCAAUAAGAGCAUGACAUUUGACGGGCGUCUGGUCAAGAAGAUCUGGGUGCCCGAUGUGUUCUUCGUCCACUCCAAGAGAUCCUUCAUCCAUGACACCACCACAGUCAACAUCAUGCUCAGGGUUUUUCCUGACGGACACGUCCUCUACAGCCUGAGGGUGACAGUGACCGCAGCCUGUAACAUGGACUUCAGCCGCUUCCCUUUGGACACCCAGUCCUGCUCCCUGGAGCUAGAGAGCUAUGCAUAUACGGAUGAGGACCUGAUGCUGUACUGGAAGAGUGGGGAUGAGUCCUUGAGUACGGAUGACCGUAUCUCCUUGUCUCAGUUCCUCAUCCAGAAGUUCCACACCACAUCUCGGCUGGCCUUCUACAGCAGUACUGGCUGGUACAACCGUCUGUACAUCAACUUCACCCUGCGGAGACACAUCUUCUUCUUCCUGCUUCAGACCUACUUCCCGGCUACCCUCAUGGUUAUGCUGUCCUGGGUGUCCUUCUGGAUUGACCGCAGGGCCGUCCCAGCUCGUGUCUCCCUGGGUAUCACUACAGUGCUCACCAUGUCCACCAUCAUCACUGGAGUCAACGCCUCCAUGCCCAGAGUGUCCUACAUCAAAGCAGUGGACAUCUACCUGUGGGUCAGCUUCGUGUUUGUCUUCCUGUCUGUCCUGGAGUACGCUGCUGUCAACUACCUGUCCACCGCACAGGACCGCAGGGAACGCAAGAUGAGGGACGAGAUGAGGGAAAGGGCCAGGUCACAGUCGCUGCCCUGCACCUGUGGCAUGUCCCAGACCAGGACCAUGCUAUUAGACGGGACCUACAGCGAGGCGGACACUAACAGCCUGGCCGGCUACACCUCAGGAACUAUGGGGCCCGAGGAGGACAUGGAUAUGCCCCGCGACAUGAUGACUGAGAAGCAGCCUCCUGGAGAACACACAGUGGUCCACCUGUCUGCCAGCAGCGAGUCAACGACAACCAAGAAGAAAGGCAUCAGGGCCCUCAAUAUUAUCCAGAAUACACACGCCAUCGACAAGUACUCCAGGAUGUUAUUCCCUGGCUCCUAUAUUCUAUUCAACAUAAUCUACUGGUGUUCAUACUGUAUAGGAGCGUAGGAUCUACUGUUUAGGAGCGUAGGGUCUAUUGUUUAGGAGCGUAGGGUCUAAUGUUUAGGAGCGUAGGGUCUAAUGUUUAGGAGCGUAGGGUCUAAUGUUUAGGAGCGUAGGGUCUA